AACAAUGAAGGAAGAUACGGGAGUUCGCUGUUUUCAGGUUGUCCUCAUCAUUGGCAAUGUGGUAAUUGGGCUUGCAGGUCUCGCCCUGACAGCAGAGUGCAUCUUCUUCGUGUCGGACCAGAACCGCCUCUACCCAUUACUUGAGGCCACUUCUAAUGAUGACAUCUUUGCUGCUGCCUGGAUUGGGAUCUUUACUGGCUUCUGCUUCUUUCUGCUCUCCAUCCUGGGCAUUAUUGGCAUUAUGCAAUCCAACCGGAGGAUGUUAAUGGCGUAUUUAAUCCUGAUGUUCAUAGUCUAUUGCUUUGAAGUGGCAUCUGCAAUCGUUGCAGCAACACACAGAGACUUUUUUACUACCAACCUAUUCCUGAGCCAAAUGUUGAAUUUGUACCAGAAAACCGAUGGCAAUAGUGACGAGAAGGCUAAGGCCGAUGGAGUGACCACAACAUGGAAUUAUCUCAUGCUUAUGAGGCAGUGCUGCGGUGUGAACGGUCCCAACGACUGGCAGGAUUAUAACUCAACGUUCCGGAUCACCAACAGUGACUCCGCCUUCCCCUGGCCACAGCAGUGCUGCGUCAUGACUAAUCUAGCACAACCUGUGAACGUUCAAGGAUGCAAGCUGGGCAUUUCCGGAUACCUCAAUCUAAACGGCUGUUACGACUGGAUUGGUGGCCCAUUGAAUCGCCAUGCCUGGGGUGUUGCAUGGUUCGGAUUUGCAAUUCUGUGCUGGACGUUCUGGGUGCUGCUUGGAACCAUGUUCUACUGGACCCGAAUUGAAUAUUAAAACCCGCUGCCGCCUUCUCUGCUGUCUAGAAAAUGUUUGACGAAAGACCCGCCAUCACAAGGCCAAUAUGGAAGACCGGAGCUACAUAACCCCUCAAACCCUCCGGAUACUUGUUCUGACUAAUGAAAUAUUGGCCAAAGGACUUUGUGGUUUGUGGGGGGAGGGGGACAAGGGUUACUCUACGCUGCCCAUCACACGAUAUAGAAACUUCCAUUUUAGGAGUCUUCUGUCAACCUAAUUGUAAAUUUUUUGGCUUUUUU